ACAAAACACAUCUCACUUGUAAUGGCAGGAGGACAGAGGGAGGCUCAGUCUCUGGGGGGAACAGAAACAGAUUCUGUCUGGGGAAAAGGCGUGAGCUCUCAGCUUAAGACUCAUCACUUAACAAAAGAGGAAAAGUUCUCUGCUGCAGAUGAAUGAAGAUACAACAGACAAACUCGUUUUUGUUGCUGCUUGAUUUAACACUUAAGGACUAUUAAAGAGGAAUCUUCCACUGCAGAGACACUGUCACGGCUGGAGGAUUUUUCUUAUGGCCUUAUGGACAGUUGAUUCUGACAAUAGGUAAAAGGAAAUAACAUGAAAAAGUUCCACUGACAAAACAAUGGACAAACACAGAGGAAAUGUGGAAUGACUCUGACUGGUGAGGACUUGGAGUCAAACUUGCCAAACAGGCAAGGGAUAUAAGGAAACAGAGACAAGAGAUAUCAUGUUGGUCCAGGUGCAGCAGGACUGUGCUAUGACUCUCCCUCUAGUGGUAUUGUUGGUGCUCCUGUUGCACUCUGGAGCAGAGUCCUCUGUCCAGGGAGACACUCAGGAAAUCGGGAACAGUGAUGAGAUCCUGGAGCGAGAGUUUAUCUUCGCUCCAAAACGGAAAAAACGUGCUGUGGUCGACUACAGUGUCCCUCAAACAGACAAAUGCUCAUACACAUUUAUUGUGCCUCAGCAGAAAAACAACGGGGCCAUCUGCGUGAACUCCAAAGAGCCUGAGGCCUUGCUGCAGAAUCGGGUCAAUAAGCAGGAACUGGAACUGCUAAACAGUGAGCUACAGAAGCAAAGACGGCAGAUUGAAGUGUUGCAGCAGCUGAUAGAGGUCGAUGGAGGUGUGAUCAAUGAAGUCAAGCUACUUCGCAAAGAGAGCCGCAACAUGAACUCCCGGGUUACACAGCUCUACAUGCAGCUGCUGCAUGAGAUUAUACGCAAACGAGACAAUGCUCUGGAGGUGUCACAGCUGGAGACUCGCGUGCUCAACCACACAAAUGAGAUGGGGAGGCUAGCUGCACGCUACCGCGACCUGGAGCAUAAGUACCAGCAUCUGUCUGCCCUCGCAAGCAACCAGAGUGCUCUCCUGGUGCAACUGGAGGAGCACUGUAAGUGGGGAGGAUACUCAUAUGGUGUGGUGCAGGAGAGGAGCCGUCCUGUCCGUCCACAGCCUCCUGUGAUCUCUCAGCCUCCAUUACAGAGACCUGCACUGUCUCCUGGAGGCUACAGACCUUACCACCCACCCACCUAUACCCGCUACACCAACCCCAUGACUAAUGAGAUACAGAGUGACCAAAACUCCAAAGCAUUACCACCUCCACCACCCACAAUGCCAAGUGAUACAUACAGCUUCACAAACAAGCCCUCUGGUCCUUUCAAAGACUGCCUAGAGGCUCUGGAGGGCGGAUACACCACCAGCAGCAUGUACCUCCUGAAACCAGACAAUGGCAACCGACUUAUGCAGGUUUGGUGUGACCAGAGACACGACCCUGGUGGCUGGACUGUCAUUCAGAGGCGUCAGGAUGGUUCUGUCAACUUUUUUAGGAACUGGGAGACAUACAAGCAAGGGUUUGGAAACAUUGAUGGUGAAUACUGGUUAGGCUUAGAGAAUAUCUAUUGGUUGACAAGCCAGGGCACCUACAAGCUGCUGGUGACCCUGGAAGACUGGACUGGACGCAAGACCUUUGCAGAGUAUGCUAGCUUCCGUGUUGAAUCAGAGGCUGACUUCUACAGACUGCGGGUGGGCCAAUACCAUGGUAAUGCUGGAGACUCUCUUACCUGGCACAACAGCAAGCAGUUUACCACACUGGACAGAGACCAUGAUGCCUACACAGGUAACUGUGCCCACUAUCAGAAGGGAGGAUGGUGGUAUAAUGCCUGCGCUCAUUCCAACCUGAAUGGCGUGUGGUACCGUGGUGGACAUUACCGCAGCCGUUACCAGGAUGGGGUCUACUGGGCAGAGUUCAGAGGAGGAGCUUACUCUCUGAAGAAAGUGACCAUGAUGAUACGACCCAGUGCAAAUACCUUCCAUUAACACAUGAGUCAUUCAAAACUGAACAGUGUUUAUGGGACAAACAUUUCUUCCAAAGGGAUCCCAUUACUAUAUCACAAAAAAAGGCAUCCUUGAUUUUAACUCUCUCUUCAUAUUUUUUCUGUUGGUUGCUUUACAUUUAUAAUGUAGCUUCAAAUUGUUCAUCUAGUAACACAAUAGGAUUUGUGAAGAAUUUUACAGGGAUGGGUUUUACUUAUCUUGUUUAGGCUCAUAAAAUCAACAUUACACACAAAUCAACAAAAGCUCACACAAACAUAUGUUAAGCAGCUGUAAUAUCUGUUUAUCUUGCUCUGUGUGGGCUUUUGUGAUUUGGUUGAUUUGUUGAUUUUGUUGACAUGCAUUAUCAGAAACUUCAAUAAAUACAAAUAAGUACAAACAAUACAAGGAUUUCUUUGCCUUUUCUGUGCAGAAUAAAAUCCAAUUUGCUUUAAUUUUCUGACAGCUUAGAAUGUGAGCAAAGUACAAACUUAAACAGCUGAAUCUAAGUAACAAGACUGUAUAUAGAGCAAACCAAAUCACUGAAUACACGAAGCAAGAUACUUGAAGUGAAUUAGAUACAUGAACUGUAAUGAUUCUAUGAUGAUCAAUGUUCAUAUAGUGAGAUAUGAAGUUGCAAGAUGGAACCACACAUAAAUUCACCAAGUUUUUGGAGGAUCGUGCCAAUGCUUUGGUACUGGAGAUUCUGGCACUUGAUAUUUUGUCCCACAACUCAUCAACUUCAUGUUUGACGAUUUUAUGCUCACAAACUUUUUUUACAGUCGUGUUGGUUUUUCUUCCUAGCAUGUUACAAUUUUGCACUUAUUUGGUUAGCUUUGCUUAGUAAGACAAAGUCAGGACAUGGUUAACCUCGCAUAGCAUAAAGACUAGAAACAGGGGAGAACAGCUAGUCAAAAAUACUAAUUCAAGUCACGUCACCAAAUACCUAUAAUCUUUAAAUGGAUGAAGGAUUUUUGUCAUUGGACAUCUGACUCUUAAGUAGUCUGAGAAAAAAGCUGAGCAAAGAGCCCCACUUGCAGCCCGUCCUCAUGGUGAAGCACUGAUUUUUUUAUGUGUAACUGCUUUAUUCUGUGGUUUUACUGGUUUCAUGGUCCGUUUGUUUUGGAGAGAAGGAGACCUUUGUGAAUAAUUCAGCUCUGAGUAAAAACCUCCUGAAUGAUGAAGACAAAUAAACACAUAAACAAAUAAAACAAAAUCAAAAAACAUAAACAAAUAAAUAAAACGCAACAAGUUGUAUGAGUUGUUUGACAAUGAAAAAAACAACUCCAGCUAGUUAAUUCAUGAGGUCAUCCUCCCACCCACCCAAAAGCUGGAGACCUUUUUCACCCAGCUGGACAUUGUAUGAACUUGUGGAAAACGCUGGGAGGUAGGUGUAUUUCCAGCCUGUAUGCUAAGCUAGACUAACCAUGUCCUGACACCAGUUCCGUACUUCUUGAACUAUUCUUAAAAGUUAGCAGCUCCAAGGUCCACAUCUACUUCAUAUGAACAUUGUGAAUUAGAUUAGAGCCUUUAAAUGUGGACAUAAUUUACAAAAAAAUUUUAACAUAGAAAUGAAACAUGCAAAUAAACUUUCAUUGCAGGUUUACCAGCUAAAAGCAGCUACAGUUCACAAACUGAAACCACACAGUUCAAUGAAUGCAACUGAGUUAUAUCUUCUACACACCAAAGUUUCCUGGUCAGUUGAAAGGAUUACUGUCACUGUAUUAAUGUGCAGAUAUGGUAUGUAUCAGGUACUCUGUGUAUGUAUAUGCUGUUUUAUUAAGAUUAUUUUCUAUAGUCUGUAUGUUAUUGAUCUUGCAAUAAAUUAUGUACAGUCCUGCUUAA